CUUAGUCAACACAGUCAACUUAACCUUCUUGUUCUUUGAGUCUUAGUCUACUUGUCCUGGUAUCUAAUCUGCAUAUACUCCUAUCAUCCAAGAUGAAGUAUAUCUUUACUACUCUGUUACUGGUCUCCGCGACCCUGGCCCUGCCGACUGAUUUCUCGAGUCAGGAGUCCACCACUGCCGCGACUCAACAGGAAGGUAUAGAUGUCAAUCCCAUUGGUCUGCUUGAUGAUACCCUUGGCCUCGGUCGACGUGGAGAUCUAACUAGUAUCGAGUUGUCUGCCAAGCGUGGUAACCAGGUUGCUCGGCAGGACGAUGAUGGCUUCGAUCCAACCUCAGAUGGGUCAUACAAGCGGGCUAGUCAGGAUGCCCAGGAGACUACUGCAGGGAAAGGCCCAUCUUUAAUUAGCAUUCUAGGGGGGGACGAUGGUGGGCUAGGAAGUAUUCUAGGUGGUCGGCCCAGCAAGCCAAACACUAGGCGUAACAACCAAGAUGCCCAAGAGGCUACUGCUGAAGGCCGUAAGCCUGGCCAUAAAGGCGAUGUUACAUUCUAGAGAUCUGACUGGUACUGAACUAUCUGUUGGGCGUGAAUAUCAGGCCAUUAGUAGAUAAUCUCCUGAUGAACCAGUGACGCUGAUCACCCGACGAAGAGAAUGUGCGGCAAGAUCAAACAGUCUAGAUAGGUCAUGA